AUGGCCAGUAAUAGUCCAUACAUAGUUGUGCUUGUUUAUCCGAAUUGUCGUAUGAGAAAUGGUGAUAACGGGGUGACAUUUGAGUGUGAGAAUCCGAUAUUGUUUCGCACUCAACGUGUGAAAAUGUUGUCGGAUUUGAAGAGUUUGAUAUUGAGCAAGCUCGGUAGAACACAAACGAGGAAAAUCAGAAGGGUGGCAUAUAGGUUGAUGGCACUCACGGGUAACAGAAUCUUUCGGUUUCGACUAUUCCAACUUCAAGGGGAUAAGCAUGUGCGACUGAUGUUCGACAUCCAUGGGAGGAUCAUGGUAGAGCAGGUAAUAGAGCUUUCCACAGAGGUGGGACACAGUGGUAGUGGGAGUUUCGUACACUCGACCUAUGUACAGGACGACCGACCUCUCGCACCACCCCCCAUUCAUGUCGCCAUUCUGGUGGAUGAGGCAAAGGAGGGCGAGGAGGAGUCAGACGAUGAUUACAUGGAGGACAGCGACUCGUCCGAUGGUGGGGAUGAGGAUGAGUGUGUUCCGAAAACACCUAUCCAGUCUGUGACGCGCGAUGUCCUGCCUCCACCUCACCCAAUUCCGCCGCUAUCGGCAGUGCCAACUCACUAUCACAGUCUGGAUUUGGACGCCAUGCAUGAAAGGACUCCGUUUCCUGACACGGGUGAAGAGAAUUACAACCUAGAUGGCGGUAUAGAGUUUCGGAUUGGCCACAAGUUUAGAAGACGAGAGGCAGUGCUUCAGAGUGCGAAGAACUACAGUAUUCGCAGGAGUGCGGAGUACCAGGUGAUCGAAUCGGACCGGACAAUGUACCAUGUGCAGUGCCGUCAAGCUGAGAAUGGGUGUCAAUAG